ACUCAUUACUUUUUUCAGAAGCGUUGUAUCACUUCACGACUAGAUUUCUUUUGUUGUUGAAAUUCAUAGAAUCAGGAACAGUACGUGAUUUGAAAAUUGAUACUGACAUUUCAUAAUUUUAUCUUCCACAAUUUGCUGAAUCACGCUAAUAGAUUUUGUGAACUGAAAUUCAGUAUCACAAUAUUGAGUUUUCAUGUUUUCCAGACUAUUGUCAGUCUCGUUAAUUGAUCGUACUGUCAAUUCGCGGUAUGGACAGUCAAGUCUGUGCCGAUGGUAAACUGCUGGAAGUGAUCGACGAUAAUUGGCGCAAGGAACGUCUUCCGAUUGACGAAAUAUCAGUUCCACUCGCCGAGCUUCCUGACCCAGAAAGUGACAAUGGAGAUUCGCACAUGACUCUAAAAGAAUUGGAACAAAAGUGGAAUAACUUGGCACUUAGCACACUUAGCGAGAAUCACUUGCACUCUCCUACGCCGCCACAUAACUAAAUUAGCUAUAAAUCUAAUGUAAAAAAUAUGUACCAAGUUUGAAUUUUAUACUGUGUUUUGAAAUAAUAUCAGCCUGCUUAUUUUGA